UGCAAUCAGCCACUCUUGUACCUUUUAAGCUAUAAAAGAACCUAUGUUUUUAAAGCUUGGAAUGUAUUUUCAAGAUUUCUUAUGUGUUGUGUAUCCUGGAAUUACAGUUCUAAGAAGCGUCAAGUAAAUGGAAUUCUUUGCUCUUGAGUAGGAUGAUUUUUAACCCAGUCAGUAAGGUAUUCUACUGAAGAACAGCGUCUGGUUUGUACAAGCUGCUGUAAUACGGAAUCAUAGACUAGGUUUGUGAAGAUGGACCACAAGGACCCAGCUACACUGUUAGAUCUUGCUAUGCAGAGUCUACUCAAGAAUGAGCUUAUAAUAAUCCAAUCACUUGAGGAGAUCCCAAGAGAACUUUUCAUUCCACUGUUCACUGCUGCCUUCUUGGGUGGGUGUAAGAAGACACUGACAGCAAUAGUGAAGGUUUGGCCUUUUUUCUGUCUCCACAUCGGAAAAUUAAGAUCACAUGAAGCACACAGUGCACUCUUGAAAGCCAUAAUUGAUGGUCUUCAGGUUCUUCCUGCCCUAAACUCUGCUUCUCGAGGCUCCAAACUGAAGGUCCUAGAUUUGAGACAGGAUGCUGACUGCAGGACCACGUGUUUUCAAAUCAGGACCAAAUCUUUUUGUUUUCAUGCUUGUUCUUACUCUCAAACCUCUUCUCGCAAAAGAGGAGAACAUAGCACUGUAAAUUUCGGAUCUGAGGCUCAGAUGUCCAGAUAUCCUACUGAAUUACUAGUGGACCUUUCUCUUGAUGGUAACUUGAGAACAAGGGCAUUUUUGUCUUUCCUUCUGAGUAAAGUUGAACAGAGUUCAGGGUCCUUACACCUUUGCUGUCGUGAUUUGCAAAUUGAUAAACUGUCUGACUAUAACAAUACCUUGAAACUUCUGAAUCUGUUAUGUACUGAUCACCUGGCAGUUGAUCAGGCUUCCCUGAAUGAUAUCAAUACCCUUUUGUCUCAGAUGGUCCACUUGAACAGUCUUAGUUUGUCUAAAAUCACCCUCGCAUCUCUGAAUGGGAAAAUAUUCAAAAGUUUCCUCACCCAACUUGAGCAAAUGGAGAACCUUCAGGAGCUAAACUUGUCUUUCUUUUGCCUAACAAAUCGUCUACACAAAUUGCUCAGAGUCCUGCCACGUGAUCUGGACUACUUGAAUUUGCCUUUCUGUGAGCUUUCUUACAGAGACUUCAGAUUUCUGUCCCAGUGUCCUCAGGCCACUCACCUCAAGCUGCUGAAUAUCAGUAACAACCCAAUAUCGUGGGAAGAUAGUGAGCCUUUACAAACACUCAUAGAUAAUGUCUCUGGUACCCUGCAGCAUCUAGAGAUGAAUCACUGCUUUAUAACAGAUUCUACAAUAUUUUCUCUUAUCCCAGCUCUCAGCCACUGUUCCCACCUCCGAGUACUUAGUUUUUCUUCUAACCCCAUUACAAUGUCCAUGCUCAUAAGAAUCCUGCAAAAUGUACUACCACUAAUGGAACUGAAAUAUGUGAUUUACCCUAUCCCUGUGCAUUGCUAUGAACGAUGGUAUUUUCAGGGUACUUUAAACCAACAAAAGCUUGCUGAUGUGCAUGCACAACUGAAGGCGAUGCUACAGGCAGCACAGAGGAGUGACAUGAACUGGAUCACGUUUUCAGAGUGAAAUUCACAGUUCAACCAAUUUUCAAUACUGAUAUGUGUCAUUUAAGUACUCAGUGUUCUUUCAUGAAUUCCACAGAGUUCAUAUGUAAGAUUCUUAUGUUGUAGGAACUAUAGUCAGGAAAUAUAGAUAUGUAACUGGCUUUUAAAAAGAAUUACCAUUACUAAAAAUGGAAGAAUUGAGAGUUCUUUUGAGUCAUUUGUCCAUUGUCAUUAAUGGUCUUACUGAGGAAUAUGAUAUGGAUCAGCAAGUCAUGGUAAUUUAUAUCCAUACCCUUACUUGAUACCAACAGGGUCAAUCUAAGUUUCCCUGGAUGUAUUUGGGAAGACCAGGUGAUUACUGAAGCCAAUACUUAUAUUCCUUAAGUUGUAUUAAACUUCUAUAUUUAAGGCUGUCUUUGGUUACUUAUAGAAAGUCUUCUGUAUUUAACAGUGGGUAAAAGAAUUUAUAACUACUACCCAUUGAUGUCUUCAACUAUAAAUGGCUACCUUCUCUUCUUUCCUUAGACAGCAGUGCCUCAAUUCUUUAUUUCAUACUCAUUGACUAAAUAUUAGUUUGGAAUAUUACUGUAGACAGAAAGAAUGAAAAGACAAGACAAGUUCCUGCCUCAAGCCACUCAGAGACUGAACAUUUCUGUGGUUUAUUGGUUGUUAGUGCAACUAGAAAGUUGUUUUAUCCACUUAGACCCCAAGCUUUAUCUUUAUGAUGUUGGAUCUCGUCAGCAGGAUUCAGGGAUUCAAUGUUACCAUCUUGGAGGCAUUCUCUCACAUCUGUUUGAUGUCUACCUUCUGGCAUCCUGCAAAAUGCCUGCUAUAACAGACUUGUCAGGAAGAGAACUUGGUUUCUUUGUUUUAGAAGUUUCACUAAGAUUGUUUAACUGCACUGCUUUGGGACUUUGGCAAGACAGAACAUGGUAAAGAACUUGGGCAGAGGGAGAUCCUUUCAACUCAUGAGGGCAGGGAGCAGAAAGAGAAGCCCAAGUCCUCACACAGCCUUCAGGAAUGCAAUUACAUUGAUCUUCAUCCUUGAACUAGCCUGCUCAAAAAUUUCAACUGCCUGCUGUGGAACCAUCAGCUUGAGACCAUUGAACUUGGAAAGACAUUUAGGAGCCCAGCCACAACCCUGACCAUUCUUUCUUUAGGUAUUUACAUUGCUCCUAGUCAUUCUGUCUUACUGUGCCAUGUAGGCUUCCUAGUAUAUGUUGUUCUAUUUGAAUUUCUUGCUCCUUCUUUUCUACUAUAGCUGCUGGGUUCAUUGUGCUUUAUUUCAGCCAAAUAUGUAUAUUGAGUCCUAAAUAUUUGGUCAAUCCAAAAUGUGGUGUACCAUAAAUUGAAAUGCCACAUUGUAUAAAUAAAAGGUGGUAGAAAACAAAGAAUUAAUGAUUGUAAUAUUGCUAUAUUUGGAACAGUUACUAUCACACUAGGUUUCUUUGAAAUUAGAAUUUAGUUGUAAUCACAUGUUGAAAUGUUAGCAUUACUGUCAUUCAAUAACUUAGCAACCAAAGAACUGAAAAUCCAGUUAAUUUUUCUUAGUGUUUUAUUGUUGCAAUGAAAUGGACUGCAUUUUAAAGAUGUAACAAAGAAGAAAAAGUGAACAUUAUGUGUUUACAUGGUUUCUACUCUGAAAAGUUGACAUUCUAGAUUUCAGAGCAACUCAAGAAUAGCAUUCUUAAAAUUAAUUGGAUUUUAGGGCAUUGGAAUUGUACAGUAAGAACAAUCACUAAAUUUGACAACUUGAAUGCCAUGGUAGAAAGUAAGGACCUAUUUCCAAGGCUUUUCCUUCAACUUUCACAUGCAUUCCAUGGAAUUGAUGUGAUUCUAUACUCACAUAUAUACACACAUACACGGGCAUACAUACACACACACAAAACACACCACACAUAUACAAAUAUAUACAUGAUACACACAGAUACACACAAGUAAUAAUAAAUUAAGAUUAAAAAUAAACUGAAUUUAUUCAUAAUACCCGCUGAUAUAACAAACAAGAACACCAGCAAAAAUUAACUUGCAAAGUAGUUAAAAACCAUUCACAAUAAUUCUGGUUUUGGUGAUAAAAAAUUAACAUUUUCUUGUUAGGAAGAAAAAUGAUAAAAACAUAAUUCACCUAUAGAGUUUCUUUUAUAACAUGGCAUUUCAUACUUUGAAUGAAAAUGUAAGUUAAUGACUUACUCAUAUCACUCCUAUUACUUUAUAUAGGCUGUCAAAAGUAUUAAAAUGUCAGUAAAAUAAGUAAUGGCUUUGUUUUUAAUUCUUGUUAACAGUAUGUUACUUUUAGCAUUUUAUAUUAAAUAAAAUGUUAUUAAAUAAAAAUCCUGGGAGGGGGACUAGGA